UGCGGCUCCCCGGCUCUGCUAAGGAGAAAUUCCGCCCUCGCCUCUUUCAGCUCUUUCUCAGUUCCGGUUGGGUUCUGCGGUCCUCCUUCCUCCCAGUCAAAAGAUACGGGUGGAGAGUUGUGGCCUGGGACACCUGGUGUGAGCUUCCCCGACCCGUACAAAUACAAAUUUACCCAUCAUGUCAACAGAAUCGGUGGAGAUUGAUGAUGCUUUAUACAGUCGACAGAGGUACGUUCUUGGAGACACAGCAAUGCAGAAGAUGGCCAAGUCCCAUGUUUUCUUAAGUGGUAUGGGUGGUCUUGGUUUGGAAAUUGCAAAGAAUCUUGUUCUUGCAGGGAUUAAGGCACUUACAAUUCAUGAUACAGAAAAGUGUCAGGCAUGGGAUCUAGGAACCAAUUUCUUUCUCUGUGAAGAUGAUGUUGUUAAUAUGAGAAACAGGGCUGAAGCUGUACUUCAACAUAUUGCAGAACUAAAUCCAUACGUUCAUGUCACAUCAUCUUCUGUUCCUUUAAAUGAAACCACAGAUCUCUCCCUCUUAAAUAAAUACCAGUGUGUAGUAUUGACUGAAGUCAAACUUCCAUUGCAGAAGAAGAUCAAUGAUUUUUGCCGUUCUCAGUGCCCUCCAAUUAAGUUCAUCAGUGCAGAUAUACAUGGAGUCUGGUCACGGUUAUUUUGUGAUUUUGGUGAUGAAUUUGAAGUUUUAGAUACAACAGGAGAAGAACCAAAGGAAAUUUUCAUUUCAAACAUUACGCAAGGUAAUCCUGGCAUUGUUACUUGCCUUGAAAAUCAUCCUCACAAACUUCAGACAGGACAGUCCUUAACAUUUCGAGAAAUUAAUGGAAUGACAGACUUAAAUGGAUCUAUACGACAAAUAACCGUGGUAUCACCAUUUUCUUUUAGCAUUGGUGAUACUACAGAACUGGAACCUUAUUUACAUGGAGGCAUAGCUGUUCAAGUUAAGACUCCUAAAAUAUUUUGCUUUGAGCCAUUGGAAAGGCAGAUAAAACAUCCAAAGUUCCUUGUUGCGGAUUAUAGCAAACCUGAGGCACCUUUACAGAUUCACACAGCUAUGCUUGCCUUGGACCAGUUUCAGGAGAACUAUAGUCGCAAGCCAAAUAUUGGAUGCCAGCAAGAUUCAGAAGAGCUAAUGAAAUUAACAACAUGUGUAAGUGAAACCUUGGAAGAGAAGCCUGAAGUAAAUGCUGACAUUGUGCAUUGGCUCUCUUGGACAGCUCAAGGCUUUUUACCCCCACUUGCUGCUGCAGUAGGAGGUGUUGCAAGCCAAGAAGUAUUGAAAGCUGUGACAGGAAAGUUUUCUCCUUUGUGCCAGUGGUUAUUCAUUGAAGCAGCAGAUGUUAUCGAAUCCCUAGGGAAACCUGAACGUGAAGAUUUUCUCCCACGAGGAGAUAGAUAUGAUGCCUUACGAGCCUGCAUUGGAGACACAUUGUGCCAGAAGCUACAAAAUUUAAAUAUUUUCUUAGUAGGAUGUGGAGCCAUAGGCUGUGAAAUGUUAAAAAAUUUUGCUUUACUUGGUGUUGGCACAAGCAAAGAAAAGGGAAUGGUUACUGUUACAGAUCCUGACUUGAUAGAAAAAUCCAACUUGAAUAGACAGUUUCUGUUUCGUCCUCAUCACAUUCAGAAACCUAAAAGCUAUACUGCUGCUGAUGCAACCCUAAAAAUAAAUCCUCAAUUAAAGAUAGAUGCACACUUAAACAAAGUGUGCCCGGCCACUGAGGCUAUUUACAAUGAUGAUUUCUAUACUAAACAAGAUAUAAUUAUUACAGCAUUAGAUAAUGUGGAAGCCAGGAGAUAUGUAGACAGCCGCUGCUUGGCAAAUCUAAAACCCCUCUUAGAUUCUGGAACAAUGGGCACUAAAGGACACACUGAAGUUAUUGUACCUCACUUGACUGAAUCUUACAAUAGUCAUCGGGAUCCCCCAGAAGAGGAAAUACCAUUUUGUACACUAAAAUCCUUUCCAGCUGCUAUUGAACAUACUAUACAGUGGGCAAGAGAUAAGUUUGAAAGUUCAUUUUCCUACAAGCCUUCACUGUUUAACAAAUUUUGGCAAACCUAUUCAUCCGCAGAAGAAGUCUUACAGAAAAUACAAACUGGACACAGUUUGGAAGGGUGUUUUCAAGUUAUUAAGUUACUUAGCAGAAGACCUAGGAAUUGGUCCCAGUGUGUAGAAUUAGCAAGAUUAAAGUUCGAGAAAUAUUUUAACCAUAAGGCACUUCAGCUUCUUCACUGUUUCCCUUUGAACACACGAUUAAAAGAUGGUAGUUUAUUUUGGCAAUCACCAAAGAGGCCACCCUCGCCAAUAAAAUUUGAUUUAAAUGAACCUUUGCACCUCAGUUUCCUUCAGAAUGCUGCUAAAUUAUAUGCUACAGUCUACUGCAUUUCAUUUACAGCAGAGGACUUAUCAACAGAUGCUCUCUUGAAUAUUCUUUCCGAAGUAAAGAUUCAGGAAUUCAAGCCUUCCAACAAGGUUGUUCAGACAGAUGAAACUGCAAGGAAACCUGACCAUGUUCCUAUUAGCAGUGAAGAUGAGAGGAAUGCUAUUUUCCAACUAGAAAAGGCUAUUUCAUCCAGUAGAGCUACCACAAGUGAUCUUCAGAUGGCAGUGCUUUCAUUUGAAAAAGAUGAUGAUAGUAAUGGACACAUAGAUUUCAUCACAGCUGCAUCAAAUCUUCGUGCUAAAAUGUAUAGUAUCAAACCAGCUGAUCGUUUCAAAACAAAGCGCAUAGCUGGCAAAAUUAUACCUGCAAUAGCAACAUCCACCGCUGCAGUUUCUGGCUUGGUUGCAUUGGAGAUGAUCAAAGUAGCUGGUGGCUAUCCAUUUGAAGCUUACAAAAAUUGUUUCUUUAACUUAGCCAUUCCAAUUGUAGUAUUCACAGAGACAUCUGAAGUGAGAAAAACUGAAAUCAGAAAUGGAAUAUCAUUUACAAUUUGGGACAGAUGGAUUAUACAUGGAAAAGAAGAUUUUACCCUCUUGGAUUUCAUAAAUGCAGUCAAAGAGAAGUAUGGAAUUGAGCCAACAAUGGUGGUCCAAGGAGUCAAAAUGCUUUAUGUUCCUGUAAUGCCUGGACAUGCAAAAAGAUUGAAGUUAACAAUGCAUAAACUUGUGAAACCUUCUUCUGAAAAGAAAUACGUGGAUCUUACUAUUUCAUUUGCCCCAGACACUGAUGGAGAUGAAGAUUUGCCUGGACCUCCAGUAAGAUACUAUUUUAGUAACAACACUGAUUAAGAGACGUUAUCUGAAAAUUUCUCCAUGACUACUUGAUUUUAAAAAGUCUGUGUUUCAGAAACUGAAAAAAAAUCAAUUCAUAAUACCAUGGAUUUAUCUUUGAUGACGCCUUAAUUUAAGGGACGUAUCAGUAGAAAACUACCAUGAAGAAUAGUAAAACAUUUUCAUGCAUAGUAUACACUGUCUAAGUGCUUCCUAUGCAGAUAUGAUCACAAGCAACUUUGAACUGGAAUGCCAUUUUAUAAUGCUUACAACUGAUUUGUAUAUAAACUUGUCUGGGAGAAAAGAAGGAACAAAUAUGUACACAUAACCAGAAGAAAUAAAAGAUCAAGAAAUUGAAAAUAUCAAAUGCAACUAUCCAAAAAGUUGAAUCCCACCAUAAGAAUUUCUUUUUCAUUUAGUAUUUGAGGCCCAUUUAUCUAUAUAAAUAGUAUUUGGCUCCUUGCAUCUCUCAUGACUAGGCUUUGAAUUUAACACCAGCAGAAAGAGGAAGGACAGUAGUAGUAGAUGAAGAAUAGAUAUUUUAAAUUGUACAGUUACAGUUUACUGUUCUGAUACCUCUGUUGAUUUAGCCAGAAUUUGUUGUAUCACUGUCUCCUCAAAAUCUGAAUCUUUGUUGACAACAUCAGUGUUGUAAGCCAUGAGCAGGAGGUCAGAUAGCACAUGUUAACUCAGACUAAAUGUUAACAGUAUUAUAUGAAUUUUGACGGCCUUAGAGAAUCCGUGAAUGUGAACAAAUAAAUGUGGCUAAUCAUUUGAUUAUUCAGUAUGCUUUCUAAUGUGGCUAGUUUAUUUAUUUGGAACUCUAAACCUGAUUUCCAUAGUUCCUAAGACUAAAAGGUUUUGUAAAGGGAGAGUUCUCAGUAUACGAAAAGUAGAAAUCAAAAAAUCACCACUAGUUAAUUCUUGAUUUUUUUCCUUCCCACAACUUACGGACAGAAAAAAAUAAUAAUAUUUUAUUUUAAAGGGAAAAACAUUGUUUUAUUCUGCAUCCCCAGAAAGGGAGUUGAUAAAAAUAAAAAUUUAUUUUUUUAGAUCUUUAUCAAUAGAAAAUUUCUGUUUUCUGAUAUGAACUAUGAUAGAUAUUCAUAUAAAUGCUUUCAUUAAAAUGACAGUAAAGUAUAUUCAACACUGUAAACUCAUUGAUUACAGCAAGUGUUUCUCUUAUUUUUAAGACUAUCAUGCAUUCUAAAGCAAUUGGCAUUGUAUAACCAGAGGAAGUCAUUUCCCUCUAGAUGAUUUUUUUCACUCUCCUGUGCAGAGCAUUAGAAAGUACGUAAACUAAAACUAGGUUUACACCAGUCUUUCUCCAAUUUGAUCUCUUUUUAUAGUCUAGAUUUUAUUUACAAGUAGUUUAUAUUGUUUUGUCAAUCAGCUGUAUUGUUUCAUUCUUUUGUAAAAGAAAUACAGUUGGGAAAAUAAAUUUGAGAUUGGAAGGUGAAUUUGCAUGAUUAAAGGAUCAUUUGUGUGUUUGGAGGUAAAGAGAAAUGGACAAGACGAAUUUAAAGGAAACAACUAACUUUGAAACAAUAAUUUUUGUUUGUCGUAUCCUACCCUCUCCCAUUAUGCAUAGCACAAGUAUAAUCCUUAAAAUUGAAUCUCGGAAUAUCAUAUUCUCUUGUUUGGGACUAUAGACACUAGAAAUAAUAAAGCGACUUGUCUGUAAUAAACCUUUUCCCCACUUUUAUUUUGUGUUCUAUGACAGUAAUUUCUGUUUUUCAGGUAGCCAUUCAGUGAUCCCCAUAUUUGAUCUAAAUCUCCAUAUGUUCUCUGGAAAUAAAUUUAGAACUAUGCUGUCAGUUUUAUUUAUAGGGAGCAGUGCUUUAGCAGAUAUAAACAAAAUCAACCAAGUUUAGGUUCAUUUUGUGAUUAAACCUGAAACCAUUUUGUCAUUGCUUUCUUUUUCCUGUUGAUAACAGAUAUUACCAUUAAUUUCUCUAAUUCUACUAAGCUGGAAAGCCAGGGUGAGCUUAAUGACAAUUAUUAUUCUGUUUUGUUUUUUUCUGUACCAUGAGAUCACUGUUGGUGAUUGAUAUAUAAAAUGCAAAAAUUGAUUUUGUAUGGUACCACUGAAUAAUUUUUUACUUAUUAAAAAUAAAUUAAGAACUUUGACAAUAUCUUUUGUAAAUCCUGUUCCUUAGUUAACUCCAAAGAUUCUGAUUGUGCUAUUCAUUUUGUAUUUUUGCUAUGGUGUUUCCAAGCAAAAGUUCCAAGUUUUGCAACUAUGAAGGUAUAGAUAGUAUUCACUGUGUGUAGAGGGACAUUACUUCAAAGUGCUUUGGGCUACUGAAAUUCUACUGAAACAGUUGCGGGGGGGAAUGGUAGUAACCAAAUGAACUGUAGGUCUGGUAAAUUACAGACUUUGGGGGGGAUGUCCAAAGUCCAUUCCAUUUUAGAGUUCAAAGCGGUUAUGUUACUCAUAUGUUAAUAAGUUCCUCUAAAUUAAGUUCCUAAAAGUAUUGCUUAGAAAUAGUGAAGACAGUUUUGUAUCAUCGUCUUUAUAUUUUGUCUGUUAUUGCUCUCUCUGGUGGUACUAAUGACAAGGCAUAAAAAUGACAAUAGUGUUUAGAGUUAGUUUUCUAAUUAGUAAAAUGAAGAGAGAAAAUUGUUCUCUUGUGAUUUUGAGUAAAAUAUCUUGACCUAAUAAUUAUUUAGGUUUCUUGACCUGAAAAUUCUCAUCACCUAAUGAGUACUUUUAACAAAUAUGGAAACAGGAAGUAGAGAUGUUGGGGUUUGGCAUAAGUAAUCAGUGGCUAAUUUGUUCAUGUUUGUUUUGCUCUUAGCAUUUCCUACCUUUUUUUU